CGACGCGUCGUUUUCAAAUGGCUAGCUUUCGAGCUAAGAUUAGCCAGGUAUAUAGAUGAUAGAACCGACACCGAAACUGUAGCACCGGAAUAUACUUUGCUCUCCUCUGCUUUGCGAAAUCCUCUCCUGAUAGUCAGAAUAUCUCUCUCUUCGCUUGCUUAACAAGCACAUUCUUCGCUGCCUUCCCGUCUCUGUAAAACGAGAAGUCAUGCUGCUUUUUGUUGAAUCAGUAUUGAUUGUUGCCAUAACUGUUGUAUUCUUCAAAAUAAUUAUUUCAGUUAUAAAUGAUCAGCGUGAAAUCAAACCACAAUCGAAGAAAAGCAAGAGUGGUGUAGAAGUUACUCCAAAUUCCGUAGAUGAUGACGGUAUCGUUGAGUCUACGCAGGAUAAGUGUGCCUCGAACCAGUUCUCCAAUGGAAGUCGUGGAUCGCUAGAUAUAGACGAGGAUGAUGCGGUUUCUGGAGAAGCUGUUGCUGCUGAUUCAAGAGAUAAGUAUGUUCAAACUAGUUCUGAUGAGAGUUUUGGCGUGUGUGAAUGCAAAGAGACCUCGAUUAAUGAGAGUCCUGAACGUGUCAAUCUCAACGAAAUUGAAGUUGAUUCCGUUAAUGAUGAUGAAGUUCGUGUAGUUAAAUCGGAAGAGACUCAAGUUUCCGACGGUGAUGAGAUUGAUGGUUUUGUGAGGGAGAGGUUGCUUGACGAGAGUCAAUGCAAAGAGACGUAUAUUGCGGAGAGUCCCGCAAAUCUCAACCUCGACGAAAUUGAAGUUGAUUCGAUUAAUGACGACGGCGUUUGUGUAGAUAAAUCUGAAGAGAUUCAAGUUUGUGUAGAUGAUGAAGUUGGUGACUCACUGGGCCUUAUUUCUGGUGGAGGGGAAGACGAAAUUGGAGUAAUCAUGGAUAAUGUUGUUGUGAAGGAGACCUUGCUUGAUGAGGAAGAUGAUUGGGAGGGAAUUGAGAGAACAGAUCUGGAGAAGGUGUUUGGUGCUGCUGUGGUGUACCUUGCGUCAAGGAGUAAUGCUGAUCCAGUUUCGAGUCUUGGUAGUGAUGCGAAGAUGCGAUUCUAUGGGCUUCAUAAGGUUGCCACUGAAGGUCCCUGCCAUCUUCCCCAACCAAUGGUAUUUAAGGUCUCUGCUCGCGCAAAAUGGAACGCUUGGCAACAACUAGGCAACAUGAGUUCAGAGAUGGCUAUGGAGCAGUAUAUUGCCUUGCUUACGGAAAGCAUUCCUAGUUGGAUGCAAGAUGAUACUGGGGGAAAAAGUAAAUGGGGUUUUGCAGAUGCCAAAGCAUUUAGGCAGUUAGCUUCUAAUUUGGAGACAUCAACUGCAAGCCAUCCAGGACAGGAGUUCAGAAGAACUAAUGCCGUUUCUUAAAAGGUUUUGAUGACAAGGUUGGAUCCGGCCAUCCAGGGUCCAAACUCAUUGAACAGUUGUUUGGUUUUUUUUCUGUCCACGGCUGUAGCUAAUCCUUUAUGGUUGUUAGAAGAAAUUUAGCAGACAUAUUCUGGAUACUGACCAGUUCAUGUCUUGGAGAUAAUAGACAAAAUGAAUUCAUUUUCUUAAAGAUACCAUGCAUAAAACAUUUAAUUUUUUCCCUCAAAAUUGUCUAUAGAUUCAAAUGAACUUGUGAACUACCGCAUCGCUGA